AUGCCUGCUACCGAAUCUCAAUCCACUGGCGAUCUGGACGCCUGGAUCGCCCAAUUGCUUCAGAUCAAACAGCUAACGGAAUCCGACGUCGCCAGGCUUUGUGAAAUGGCCCGAGAAGUCCUUCAAGAAGAAUCGAAUGUCCAAGCAGUCAAAGCUCCAGUUACUGUUGUAGGUGACAUCCACGGCCAGGUCUCAGAUCUUUUUGAGUUGUUUCGCAUCGGUGGCAAUUGUCCAGACACGAAUUACCUUUUCAUGGGAGAUUAUGUGGACAGAGGUUACUACAGUAUUGAAUCCGCCAGUAUACUCGUCGCUUUGAAAUGCAGAUACCCCAAACGAAUCACCUUGACCCGCGGCAACCAUGAAUCGAGACAAAUCACCCAAGUCUACGGUUUCUACGACGAAUGCCUCCGAAAAUAUGGAAAUGCAAACGUCUGGAAAUAUUUCACCGACCUCUUCGACUAUCUCCCCCUCACAGCCCUAAUUGAAAAUCAAAUCUUCUGCCUUCACGGAGGCCUUUCCCCCAGUAUUGACACCCUCGACAACAUUCGAUCCCUCGACCGAAUCCAAGAAGUACCUCACGAAGGCCCCAUGUGCGAUUUGCUUUGGAGCGACCCCGACGACAGAUGCGGAUGGGGAAUCAGCCCCAGAGGCGCAGGCUACACAUUCGGCAGUGACAUUUCUGAAGCUUUCAAUCACAACAAUGGUCUGACACUGGUUGCAAGAGCACAUCAACUCGUUAUGGAAGGCUACAAUUGGUCACACGACAGAAACGUGGUCACAGUCUUUUCAGCCCCCAACUAUUGCUACCGAUGUGGAAAUCUCGCUGCGGUCAUGGAAAUCGACGAAAAUCUCAAGUACACAUUCCUACAAUUCGAUCCAUGUCCACGAACAGGAGAACCCAUGGUCAGCCGCAGAACACCUGACUACUUCCUCUGA